CUUACACUCAGAGCUAAAGAAACAGUAAAGAUAAUAAAUCACAGUUGCAGAAUGAGAAGUGAGGAUAAUGCAUGCAGUGGAGAUCAGUUACUUGGUCCAGGGGAGUGGUUGAGUUUGAGCUUGGGAAGAAAAGCCCCUUCAGAACCAGAGUUGUUGCCAGCCAGACCCAUUGUCUCUGUGAAGCUGUUUUCAUGCAACUACUGCAGGAGAAAGUUUUACAGCUCCCAAGCAUUGGGUGGCCACCAGAAUGCUCACAAAAGAGAAAGAAUGGCUUUGGUCCCUCCCACACCUACUAUGCAUAAACAAACUAGAGAUGACUGUAAGGCUGCAGCAAGGUUUAGAUCACAGCCAAGUUAUGCUCAGUUCAGAAUGGCAUGGCAGUCCAACCCAAAGGAGGGGGAAGAAGAAGAGGAGGAGGAAGGUUUGAAAUGGCCUGGAAGUUUUCAACUUAGUCCACAAGAAUCAGAAGAGCUUGACUUGAACCUGAAGCUCUAAUUGUUGUAGAAUAUCAAUCCACAAUUUCAAUGCAAUUGACGAAGUUGGAGGCUGUGCAGUGGCAGAUGGUGUUUGGUGAUCAGCGGUGGUUUUCUGGUGACUUUUUCCGGCGU